AUGACAGAGACGAUCCAGCUGUCACCGUUUCGCCAUGUGCCGGAGACGAAGCAUGAACUCGAUUGGGCAGAGCUAGCAACUCUUGAUCUUGCUGCAUUCGAUGAGCCUGGUGGCAAGGCAAGGCUCGCAAAGCAACUGCAUCACGCUGUUCAGAACCCAACAGGAUUCUUCUACAUCACCAACACCGGCCUGACCCAAGAGCAAAUCGACCGUCAAUUCGCCAUCGGCAAGUCGUUCUUCGAUUCGCCCCACGACGACAAGAUCAAGCAUCGAGCCGACCUCGAACACGGCAACAACUUUGGCUACACACCGCUUGGCAUCCGCGAGAUCAGCCCGGGAGCGUUCAACAACUGGGAAGUCCUGAACCUUCCCAAGUUCACUCCAGCUUACGAGGCAGACCGGCCGCAGCCCGGCAUCAUUGCGGCGCAUCGACAGGAGGUGGAGCACUUUGCCCGACAUAUCCAUGAUCACAUUGUGAAGAAGCUUCUAAUCCUCUGUGCAAUCAUGCUGGAAGUGCCAGAAGACUACUUCGUGCAGACACAUCGGUACGACGAGCGAUCCAACUGCCAUCUGCGGUAUAUGAAAUACCAUGCCGCCAACUCGCCUCAGAGUUCAAGGCUGGACGGGACUUGGUUCAAAGGUCACACUGACUUCGGAUCCUUGACGCUCGUCUUUCGCCAGCCUGUCGCUGCACUCCAGGUGCUCUCGAGAGAUGGCAGCUGGAAAUGGGUCAAGUCCAUGCCGGGCAGCAUCACAGUCAAUAUUGGCGACACGCUCGAGUUGGUGACGAAGGGCUUUCUACCAAGUAGCAUUCACCGGGUCGUUGCUCCACCGCCGGAUCAGCGCGAUGUUGACCGUCUUUGCCUCAUGUACUUCGUUCGGCCUGAGGAUCAAAUGGAGCUGAAAUCUGUCAGUAGUCCGGUUUUGGAGAAGUCAGCGCUGCAGGCUCAACCAGGUCUCGACGCAGGUUUCACCGCGGCUGAGUGGGUGAAGGCGCGGGUGUUGAGCGGGAGAGGGAAAGUCCAAAGCGAACAGAAGCAGGAGGAAGUCUUGCCUGGUAUGCAGAUCAAGUACCAUGUCUGA